GGGUGUCCAGGCUCAGCAUCCUAUUGGUGCGAGCGGUCCCCGCGGGCCGGCGGUGGCUCCUGUUCUCUGCGAGGAAAGUGUGAAGAUGGCGAAGACGUACGACUACCUGUUCAAACUGCUGCUGAUCGGGGACAGCGGGGUCGGGAAGACGUGCCUGCUCUUCAGGUUCAGCGAGGACGCCUUUAACACCACCUUUAUCUCCACCAUCGGCAUUGAUUUUAAAAUCCGCACAAUAGAAUUAGAUGGAAAGAAGAUCAAGCUGCAGAUAUGGGACACAGCUGGACAGGAGAGGUUCCGUACUAUUACUACAGCAUAUUACAGAGGGGCCAUGGGCAUCAUGCUGGUGUACGAUAUCACAAACGAAAAGUCAUUUGAAAAUAUUAAAAACUGGAUAAGAAAUAUCGAAGAACAUGCCUCGUCUGAUGUGGAGCGAAUGAUCCUGGGUAAUAAAUGUGACAUGAAUGACAAGAGACAAGUAUCCCGGGAGAGGGGGGAAAAGCUUGCAAUUGAUUAUGGAAUCAAGUUUCUUGAAACCAGCGCGAAAUCCAGCAUCAAUGUGGAAGAGGCAUUUUUCACCCUUGGUCGUGACAUCAUGACAAAACUCAACAGAAAAAUGAAUGAAGGCAGCUCUCCAGGCAGUGGAGCUCCGGUAAAAAUUACAGAAAAAUCGGCAAAGAAAAGCAGUUUCUUUCGUUGCGUGUUGCUUUGAUAAACUGAAGCACGCUAGUGAGAGGAAGAGAUGGACUGUGGCACUCCUGAUUGAAUGGCCGACCGCAGGUGCUGCAAAGGCCUCUGGGGGAAAAUAAACAUGCUGUUUGCUGAAAGUGCCCGAUGGGAGACAGUUGCCGAUAUGGUUUUCUGGAGUGGAAGAAUACAAUGGGGAGCCUUUUCUUACUUUUGGAAGGAACACAUAGGAACAAACAGACUGAUAUUAAAAUCUUAACUCCCGCUCUCUUUAUUUGGCUCCGUUUUGGGUAAAGGUUGUUGUCUUUCUCAAAACCAAUCUGGUUCUGUUCCCUGUUUAGUAGUUAUUGGUUAAGGCUGUGAUGCCAUCCAUUUAUUACCAAUUUUCUGAACUGGAAGAAGCAUGGUGGCCUUAGUGAUGUAACAACCAUUUACCAUCUGCUCUUUGCUGCCUAUGGACCUUGUAAUGUAUUGCAACCAAAUGCUGAAAGUGACUGUUGUGGGGGGUAUCGGUCUGAGCAAAUCCAGGGGUCACUGGCAGGUCCCACACAACAGCAGUCAGGUUUGCUUCAAGCUGUUACAUGUCUGAAAUUUAGCCAUAUUAAACAUGAUGCAGAUGAAUAGUAAUGCAGAUAAGAAAUGUAUAUUUCAUAUGAAUGUGGAUGUCCCACCCUGACACUCCCUUCCACCUUGCUGUUAUUAGAUGAGACCCCUGCAUUUCUUCCAUAAUUCCACUCCAUGAAUACACUUGCAGACCACCUUCCCAGAUGCCAGACUCUUCUUUCCGUCCAUGAUACGGUCCUGCUUCAAUGUGAAUUCUGGCCAGUAAGUCUGUUGUCAGCACCUGCUCAGAUGCAUUCUCCUUGCUCUGUAUUUCCUUUGAGCCAGUAGAUGGUAUAUAAGUGAAUAUUUUUUUAUUGUUAAAAUAGUACUUGGGAACUUUACUAGAACGUUGGAAAAUUUAUGAAAUGGUCUUAAAGAAAAUCUUUGUUGCCAGUAGCAACCAUAGUGCUCCUGAGAAAUGAAAGCUGUGGUUGCUAUGGUCAACAAAGUUAUUCAUUUAGACCAGGGAUCAGCAACUUCGGCACUCGAACUGCUGUAAAACUACAACUCCCAGCAUGCACGCUUACUCGGCUGUUUUUGUAACUCCCUUAGAAGUGAAAGCAGAAUUCUAGGAGCUGUAGUUUCAGAACAGCUGGAGUGCCGGAGGUUGCUGAUCCCUGAUUUAGACAGUUCUCUAAUUCUGCCUCUGUUUUUUCACCCUCGUCUUCAUAGGGGCAGUAGCUGAACCAUUAUUUCAAGGGGUAUUUAGGUUUUUACAAUUUAUCUCCUAUAAACAGUAUGGGGUAUAACUGUUCGAUCGGUGAGGGUCAUACCGCUGGGAACCUGUACCCCUCUGAGCCCUGAAGUUAACAGGUGGGCAGGUCCUAUGUACUGCUGCUCCAUUCAUCUCUUAGAGUUCUGGAGGUGGCGGAGUACAGUACUGGGCCGUUUCCAGAACUCCCAUAGAGAUGACUAGAGUGCCAGUGCACAUGGUCAACCUGCCACCCCGUUCAUUUUGGGGCGCCCUGAGGGUUACAGGUACCCAUUCUUGUGACAGGUGGUGCGGUAGGACCCCUACUGAUCUUACACUUAUCCUCUAUCCUGUGGAUAGGGAAUAACCUGCAACAACCGGAAUACCCCUUUAAGGGGGUCCUGAAGCUAUUAGCAGUAGUCAAGGAACUUUGUAGGUCCUUUUGAUAGUGUUGCUCCAUUAUAUCUUUUAAACUAUAGGGAAGGAGUACGGUUCCACAUGCCAUAGGAUGAGUGUGGACUCUUCACAUUUCAUUGGAGCAAAGUUGUGUAUGGUUUAUUAUAAAGGGAGGACUGCUGGCUAUGAAAGACCCUCUAAUUUACUGUAACAUUGAGGAUGCCUCUAACAGAUUAUUGAAUAGAGGUCCUAAUUUUUGUAAGGGACUAUCCUUUGAGAGGAGCCAAAGUUAGUUCUUAACCUGACUUAUAUUUUAUAUAUGUACAUUUUAUGCAGCUUUGUUUCUUUCAAGAUUCUGUUUUAAGCUGUUGCUACUCAUGUCAAUUUGGAAAAUCAUCGUUGCAGAGAGUUGACGUGAUAAAUUCAUGCCCCAGCAUUAUGGUCUUACGAGGACAUCUAUGCACUGACUUUAGGGAUUUAUUUGGAACGAGACCUGGAGAAACGACACUGUAUCUAUGUUUAGCCCAGUGCUUCCCAAACCUGAGUAAAUGACCCUAAAUUGGGAUUUUUUUUUUUGUUGUUUUCUGGAUAAUGAUGCAUGAACCCAUAAUUACCCAUCAUAAAAGGGACAUUUAUUUUACAUUUAUUCAAGACUGCCAUGUGUACUAUUGGAAAUCUCCCAAACUAUUAACAUUAAAGGGGUUGUACCACAAAUAAUGUUCUACGUUUUUCAAACCACAAUAUAUUUUUUUGAAUUGCAUUGAAUUAAAAAUGUAUUAUAGCUGCUUAUUCACCGACAUCUAUCUGUAUAGCGCCACCUGCUGUUUGCUGUUUUUUAAGUUCUCUCUCCUGCUCACUGAGAUGGAAGCACAUGCUCAGUUCCAUCCUUUGUCACUAGCUGCAGCAGACAGGACAUGCCCUUUGUGUAAGGACACGCGCCAUAAGAUGCCAGCUGGAAACAAAUCUAGCAGAGCAAUGAAUGGGGAGAUCCCUGGAUCCAUGUGAGGUACAGGGCUGGUUCUAGCUUUGCUAGAAAGAGAUUGCCAUGUACUAGAUUAUGUGUGAUUUUUAUUUUAUUUUUUUCAUUUUUUCAUUUUUUACAUUAUCAUGAUAAAAUUAACCAUGGUAGUCUCUUAAAUUGUAUGUUUUUCUGUGCGAUGACCAGUUUACCUCCAUUGGGACUUUUUGACAAGUUUUUUUGAGUAAUGAAGGGUAAAGGCUUGGGGAGCACUGGUAUAUCCUUUUAUUAUAUCAUUAGGAAUAUACAUAUGAAAGCAACAAUAUGAUUGUAUUAAAGGGGUUUUCCAGGAUUAGGAUAUCCUUGGCCUGUCCCCAGGAUAGGCUAACUGUAUCAGAUUGGUGGGGGUCCGACUCUUGCCACCCUGCUGAUCAGCUGUUUUAUCCGCACAUGAGCACUGCGGCCUCUUGGACUUGCAUGCUAUCUACUUAGCAGUGACGGUGCAGGAUAUUCUAACUUCAUCCCAUUCACUUGAACUGGAUAAAUCUGCAAUACCCUACAAGGACAGGUAGAUCAUUCAAGAUAAACAAUGGAGAAGCCUCUUCAAACAACUGAUUGUCAGGUGUGCCGAGUCCCACUGAUCCAACAAACAAACAAACAUACAUUUUAAAGGGGUUUUCUAAUGGUCAUCAGUAUCUGAUCGGUGGAGAUCCGACACCCAGGAUCUACACCAAUCAGCUGUUUGAGUAGUGUUAUUGCCUUCUCACAGCUUUCCCUAGGCAGCUCAGCCACAUUGAAGUGAAUGGGGCUGAGCUACGAUACCAGGCACAGCCGCUAUACAAUGUACGGCGAGCAGAGGGAUAGCCGGGGGUCGGACACUAGAAGAUAGGUAAUCUGUAGUAAAGUCUUAGAAAACAUUUUUAUCUUUUAAAGGGCAUCUUUUGUGCUUGACUGAAGCCACAUCUGAUUGGUAAGCUGCAUUGAUUCUUGCUUUUUGUUUGAUGUUAGUGCUAUAUAGUAUAUACUUUGUAUUUCCCUGUGAGCCGCCAAAGCCUGGCACAUAGAUGAGCCUCUCUACUGCCAUUUUUCUCACCAUUUUACAUACGUGAGCUUGUUUGGGCAGAUACCCAGGAUGAUGUCAGUCUCUGUUGUAAAUCUAAAGCUGCUGAUUUUUAUGUCUUAAUUUUAUUUUGCACAUUGUUUUAGUGAAAAAAAAAAAAAAAAAAAAAAGAAAACGGCUUCUAAGUAUUAUUGUACUGAUUGCUCGUGCUCCAGAGCCUGUGUUCAGAAUGCAUUCUUUGCUUUACCUAUUUUGUGCAUUUUCAGUAUUUAAAAUUUAUUUCUAAAUUAUCAACUUCUUAUCUGUGGAAUUGUUGUUUUCCAUUCAUAUAUUUUUUUUUUCUUUAAAGGAAUACACUAUUUUACAAAAAUACAUGUCUUAUUUCUCCCAAGUUGAUGGUCUGAGCACAUCCUUUUUAAAGUGCCAUUAGUUCUCUGCAAUUAGCUUUCACUAUUAUCUCUGUAUUUGACUUGAUCUUCAAUGUAGAAAUAACAAAACCAUUCUAGUUU